AUGGACUCGGAGUGGCCAAGCCUUUCUUCGGUCACAGAGACACAUAAACGGGAGACUGACUCGGAGAGAUCGAGUUUUUCUCCGGUUACGUCAUCACUGAAGAGAUCUAAGAAAAAACCGCAGCCCAUACCGGAGGAAUUUAAAGACAACGCUUAUUGGGAACGCAGAAAGAAGAACAACGAAUCGGCGAAGCGGUCUCGUGAAAUGCGCAGAUGCAAAGAAGAGCAGACUAAAUAUAAAGUAGCGAUUUUAGAGCAGGAGAAUUUACAACUAAAAGCCGAAGUGGCCAUGUUAAGAAAAGAACUCGAAAAAGUACACAAUAUGCUGUACUCUAGAUUACCGGUUACUCACAACAGUUGA